AUCGCUGAUUAGGAUCACCUGAUCAUGGUUAGGCUCUGUAUUUAAAUAUUCCAGCAGAAGAAGGUUGGCUUUUGUGUUUGUGUGCAUUGGAGGUUUAUUUUGUGGAGAGCUGGUGGUAACUUAAUACACACGAUGCCUACUGAAAAUCUGGUUGAUAAGCGCAUGUGCAAGUUCAAAAACCGAGGCAAGGAUUUCAUGAAAUUGCGUGAGCGCAGAGUUGCAGAGUGUGUGGAGCUUCGGAAAGCACAAAGAGUGGAAAGCAUCCUGAAAAGGAGAAAUAUUUCUUCUCAGCCUGAUGAAGAACCCCUGUCUCCAGAAUACAACACUGACAACCAGCAGGUCAUUUCAGCAACAAUUCAGGAAAUUGUUGCCAAUGUUAACAGUGACUGUCCAGAACGGCAGGUGCAGGGUUGUCAAACAGCCAGGAAGCUGUUGUCUCGAGAGAGGAAUCCUCCAUUAAAAGAAAUAGUGGAAGCAGGUCUUCUGGCCCGCUUUGUAGAGUUUCUGGGUAGGAAUGAUAACCCCACUCUGCAAUUUGAGGCUGCCUGGUCACUUACCAACGUGGCAUCAGGCACCUCAUGGCACACUCAGCAGGUGGUGGAACAGGGGGCAGUGCCUGCCUUCAUUGCCCUUUUGGCCUCACCCAUGUUAAACAUAAGUGAGCAGGCUGUCUGGGCCCUGGGCAAUAUUGCAGGUGAUGGCCCAGCAUAUCGCGAUGCACUUAUUGACUGCAAUGUGAUCCCUGCGCUACUAGCGCGGCUAACCCCGGAUGUCCCUGUCGGCUACCUCCGCAACCUCACAUGGACCCUCUCAAACCUGUGCAGGAACAAGAAUCCUUUCCCUCGCUUCUCUGCAGUCCAGCAGAUGCUUCCCUCCAUUAUACAGCUUCUUCACCACAGUGAUAAAUCUGUUGUGUCUGAUGCAUGCUGGGCUAUCUCUUACCUUACAGAUGGGCCAAAUGAGCGCAUUGACAUUGUAAUAAAGACUGGGGUUCUUCCACGACUGGUUGAGCUGCUGGGCUUUGAGGAGCUUGCAGUGGUGACUCCAGCACUUCGUUCUAUUGGGAACAUUGUGAGUGGUUCAGACCUGCAGACACAGAUGGCCAUUGAUGCCGGUGUGCUGAGUGCCUUGCCAAAACUAAUGCGUCACCCCAAACCCAGUGUCCAAAAGGAGGCAGCCUGGGCUGUAUCCAACAUUGCAGCUGGACCACGCCAACAGAUUCAGCAACUAAUAACAUGUGGACUACUGCCUCAUCUUGUGCAUGUUCUAAACAAUGCUGACUUUAAAACUCAGCGAGAAGCUGUCUGGGCUGUAACAAACUACACUAGUGGAGGAACAGUGGACCAGGUUGUGCAGCUUGUCAAGUGUGGAGGUCUGGAAGCCAUCUUAAAUUUAUUGAAGGUUAAAGAUUCCAAGACUAUCCUAGUCAUCCUGGAUGCAGUCAAUAACAUUUUCUUGGCUGCUGAGAAACUUGGAGAGGUUGAGAAGCUUUGUUUGCUUGUGGAAGAAUUGGGUGGGCUGGAUCACAUAGAGCUCCUCCAGAAUCAUGAAAACAAUGCUGUGUAUCGUGCUGCCCAAGAACUUAUUGAGAAGUACUUCAGUGAGGAUGGUGCAGAUGAAUGCCUGAAGACUGAGGCCACUGAAACUGACUUUGUUUUUGGGCCGACUGAGGUCCAGAGGAGAUUUGACUUCUGACAAGUUUUAUGCCUUACUUUUGUAUGAAUAAAUAUUUUUUGCAGUA